UCUAUUUUCCCGUUAAAAGGACAAGGGGGCUGGGUGUAAAGAGAUUCAAAAGCCCCCACGUUAAUCUCCCAUAGAAACACCGCCACCGGGGGAUAACCUUCGGCCCUAAUCCGUUCAAGAUUAGAUUAAAGAAGACCGUUUCCUCGUUUAUAAAAGGCCCGGGUUGGGACCUGCCGGACGUCAGUCGCCAACAUGAACCCGAUCUACUUCGUUUUCGCAGCCAUCCUCGUCGUCCAGUGUAGUGCUGAGACGCCGGUCGAUACCCUCCAGGAGUUCGUGAAGCAAGGCCAGGCAAAGAUCGACGAGGCAGUGGACGCUUUCAAGAAGGAGGUCGGCCUCUCCAAGAACCCCGACGGCGCCGAGAUCGUCAAAGUCGUCCGGGAGCAGAACGACAAGCUCUUCGCCAACUUUGAAGAGGCGAAGAAAAAACUCGAGGACCAGCUCAAGUCGAGGCCCGAGUUGAACGAUGCCGUCGCACAGGUAAAGGCGAAGCUGGACGAGCUGGGAGCCGACCUGAGGGAAAAGUCACCGGUCGCCUUCGACAACGUCCAGAAGUACGGGGACGAGCUGAAAUCCUUUUGGGAGACGUUCACCCAGAGCAUGGAACAGCAGUACAAGAGCUUCACCAAGAAGGGUGGCAAGAGAGAUGAGGUGGAGAACUUCUUCAAGGACGUCAUCGACAAGGGAGCAUCCCUCGCCAAAGAACUACAGACCAAAGUCGAAGAGACUGUCAGGAAACACCAAGAAUCAAAUUAAACGGCAAGAAAUAUCUACAAACAUGGUUUUUUUAUAAGUUUUAUAACUCAAUAAACGCAAUUUUGCAAUGAAAACACA